CGUUGACACCUAAGGGAGCUAAAUCAGUCGCUGCGUUACACUAUGAGUCUUGCAAUCGCCUCACGACAUGCGCUGAGACGGGAUAAUGGCGUACGCAGCUCCUACGCAGAGAUUUCGCGGUUUUGUCGAACACCCCAUCACGGGACUACGCCCAAUCGUGCAGGCCUAUGUCUGAGGCACGCAACGCAAGGCUUCGCAACUUCGCAAACACUAAAUCGGGAUGAAAAUCUGCAAAAGACUCUUGAUGACUUCAAGGCCACCAUUCGACCGUCCUCGUGGAAGCAUCUGAAUGAUGAAUGGAAUGUCAGAAUAACUAAUAGUCCUCCCGGCGGGAAGAUUGAGGUCUCUGGUUAUAUCAGCGCACGGCGAGAUGUUAGCAGCAAACUCUCCUUCACGAUGCUCCGCCACAGGAACCAAGAAACAUGUGUCCAACUCGUCUCCAAACCUCUGAACGACGAAGCGGAUAGACCGGACGCGCAUAAGACCCUGCGGUUGCUGAAAGAGUGGACUCCCGUCAUAGUACGGGGGAAACUUGUGGAGCGUAAAGGGGCCCAGAACAACACAUUCGCGGGUAUGAACUUGCUCAGUACCCGGGAGAUCGCUGUGGAGCAUGUCCAGCCACUUAACUCCAUAUCGGAUGAUGUGAUCAUAAAGGAUGACACUGUAUUCGGCCCAGACCAAAGGCAUCUACAGCUUCGCACAGACUCGAAGUUGCGCUCGGAUCUCAUUCAACGGUCGAAAGCCAUGGCUAGAGCAAGACUGCACUUGAAUGAUGUAAACUGGAAGGAGAUCGAAACGCCUCUACUGUUCAAAUCAACGCCUGAAGGCGCAAGAGAGUUUCUCGUACCGACACGGCAAAAAGGAUUGGCAUACGCGCUACCACAAAGCCCGCAGCAAUACAAGCAGAUACUCAUGGCAUCAGGCUUCACGAAAUAUUACCAGUUCGCUAGGUGUUUUCGAGACGAGGAUCUGAGGGCUGACAGACAGCCGGAAUUUACUCAGCUCGAUAUGGAGAUGUCUUUCGCGAACGAGGAAGACGUCAUGGGCGAGACUGAAGCACUACUGAGGGAGCUGUGGUAUAAAGUCAUCAAGAAAAAGACAGAGAAGGAGUUUCCACGGAUGACUUAUCAGGAGGCAAUGGCUGCAUACGGAUCAGAUAAACCGGAUCUGAGAUUUGAGGCAAAGAUUCACACAAUUACGGAACACCUGACAACCGACUUGAUCAGCAAGAUCACUUCCCUACAAGAUCCAGCCGUCGAUGCAAUCAAGAUACCGAUAUCUGACGACCCUAAGACAACCCGCAAGUUCGUUGCCGACUUCCUUGACAGUCCGGACGGAAAGAUCUUCCUCGACAACCCUGACGGUCAGCCGGGUAUCUUUAUCGGUGAUCUUUCGCAGCCUAUGCAAGGCCUCGGACCACUGGGCUACCAAUAUGUGAUGGAGGGCCCUGAAACGCUGGCGGUGGAAAACGGCGACCUUCUUGUCCUCCAGGCACGUCCCAAGGCGCCCCUCUCGGGCGGCUCCACCAUGCUGGGAAACUUGCGCCUUGCUCUCUACAAAGCAGCUAUAGCAAAGGGACUGAUUGAAGCACCCGCAUCCACAGACUACAAGUUCGUCUGGAUCACAGACUUCCCAUUAUUUACCCCGUCGAGCGACAAUGAACCAGGCCAAGGUGGCUCAGCAGGCUUCUCAUCAACACACCACCCGUUCACCGCUCCAAAGACACCCGAAGAUGUCGAUCUCCUUCUCACGUCGCCCUCUUCUGCGGUAGCAGCGCACUACGACAUUGUCGUCAACGGCGUCGAGCUUGGCGGCGGCAGUCGCCGUAUCCACUCCGCCGCGAUGCAGGAAUUCAUCUUCAAAGACAUCCUCAAGAUGAAGCCCGAACGUGUAGAGGACUUCAGGCAUCUACUUGAUGUGCUGAGGAGCGGCUGCCCGCCGCACGCGGGUAUCGCACUGGGAUGGGAUCGAUUGAUGGCCGUCAUGUGCGGCAGAGAUAGCGUGAGGGAUGUCAUUGCCUUCCCGAAGAGUGGGAGAGGAGAGGAUCAGCUGGUGAAGAGCCCAAAUCGCAUGACUGAGGAGCAGUUGGGUACAUAUCAUCUCCAGUUGCGGGAGUAGAUUUGGUCAAGUUUGAACCAACAGUGUACGAUAAAAUGUUGAGUGUAUAUCAUCUUGGUGAGUAACGUGAGCAGACUCCUAUGUUUGGAUGCAAUCGGCACAAGUAGUGCGACUUGAUUCGUGCCUUAUCACAUGUAUGUCGGGUGUGC